UCCCAGCGUCCAUGGCUGCGGUUUGGAGGUCCAGUCCCGGGACUCGGCUCCUCUUCCUGCUGCUGCUGGCGGCUCCGCUCCUCCAUGUCGCCGUGUCCCUGGAGCCGAUCAGCGUGGGCAUCGCCAUAGCCGCCGCUUCGGCCAUUACAGGCUAUGUGUCCUUCCCUGAGUUCUACUGCGGGCGGCUUGUGGAGUGCUGCCAGGUGGACAAGCCCGUCAACGGCACAGCCUUACAGGCCGACUUGCAGGAGAAACUUUUUGGGCAGCACCUGGCACACGAAGUCAUCUACAGGACAUUGACUGGAUUUAUGAGCAAUGAGAACCCCAAGAAGCCCCUGGCGUUAUCCCUGCACGGCUGGACCGGCACGGGCAAGAACUUUGUCAGCAAAAUUAUUGUGGACAAUAUUUAUGAAAUGGGAAUGAAGAGCAAAUUCGUCCAUCUCUUUGUGUCUACCGUUCACUUCCCGCACAACAACCUGAUCCCCCUCUACAAGGACCAGCUGCAGUCGUGGAUCCGAGGAAACACUAGUCGUUGCGCUCGCUCCAUAUUUAUAUUCGAUGAAAUGGACAAGCUCCACCCUGGUCUUAUUGAUGCCAUCAAGCCCUUCCUGGACUACUAUGAGCACAUUGAUGGCGUGUCCUACCGCAAAGCCAUCUUCAUUUUCCUCAGCAAUGCCGGUGGUGAUCUGAUCAAUAGGCAGAUGUUGGAAUUUUGGAAAGCGGGGAGGAAGAGAGAGGAUCUGGAGCUGAAGGAUAUGGAGAACGCGCUGUCUGUCGGACUGUUCAACAACAAUAACAGUGGCUUCUGGCACAGCAGCCUCAUCGAGAAGAACCUGAUAGAUUACUUUGUCCCCUUCCUGCCGCUGGAGUUCACUCACGUGAAGAAAUGUGUCCUGGCGGAGCAAAGACAUCAGGGCUUGGUAGAGGAUGAAGAGUUGGCAUCUAAGGUGGCGAAGGACAUGACGUACUCCCCGAGAGAAACCAAGUUGUUUUCUGACAAAGGCUGUAAAACCGUGUCUGCCAAGCUGAGCCUCCAUCGGUAGCGCCAAGGCUGUGCCAACAGUGGUGCCAGGGACCGCGCAGAUAGUGACUGUUCUGUUUCUCAAAGGAGUUGGCCCAUCUCACACCUUGGUGGCGUAUCGCUAGGAUAGGCCACCAAUGUCAAAUAGGUGCAGGUUCCACCUCUGGGGAGCGAUAAGCCACCAAUGUGUGAGAUGGGCCGACCCCUUAAAUGGCAGGAAUUGAGAAGUUUCUAUCCACAUUGACUGUUACAUUAAUACCUACUGAUCUCAGGAAAACUUGCCUUCUACAUCAAGGUUUCACCUUUUGCGUGGACAAUGAUUAGGUGACGCUCGUCUUGGAGCAGCGAUCCACGAAUUAAAGACGUCUCCGCAGUUGCUCCUUUGGACUGGCAGCAGAAGAAUUCUGGUACCCAGGUGGAUGCACUUGGCUACGUUACGAAGACGCAAGGGGAUCGUGGGUUCAUACCCAUCUUCAUACAUGGAACGCCCUACCUGAGCUUAGCAUGGGGGCAGUUCAGGCUGACGAGGAGGUCAAUUAGACUUCUGGUGGGUGGGCAUGACUCUGUGCAUAUCUGAAUGUGGACAGGAGGGAUCUGGGGUGGCACGAUUUACCACUUAUUAACCUUCACCACUACAUUUUAAUGCUUUGUCACUAUUGCCUUAGGAUGGCCGGUCUGGGUAGUCCAGCCGUGUGAUGCCAGGCACCAGCGGGCAGUGCAGUUUGGCUUUUAUGAAAUUGGGUGCUGAUCUACUCCCACCUGACCCCCAUACCCUUUGGACAUCUUUGUAUUUGACAGGUACCCCUCAUUACUAAGGGGUAGCAACGUGGAAGGAUUACAUGGCACCCACUAAAAGCAAUAUGCCAUGCCAGCUUUCAGAAUGGGGACCUCCCCCUUAAUAACUCCAUAUUUCAAGAGGAUAGCCCCUUUAAGUUGCACUCCUUGUCGCAUGACCAGAUCCUGUCACUGAAUGAUUGUGCAAAUGCGUAUAUAUAUUCCUAUGGGUGUGAUUGUCACGUGUCUUUGGGUGUCACAUGUCACUGUCUUAAAGGGGUCCUCCAGCUUUUUAACACUUUGCCUCCCUUCCCCUCUCCUUCCUGGACCUGUGGUGGGAAGUUUACGUACCUGCUACCCGCUGCUUAGUUCCAGCUCCUUCGGUCCAAUGUUGCGUUCACAGUCCCCCGCAAGUUAAUUUCCGGCAGAGGCCAAUAUAAAUGGCUGCUGCUUGUGCGUCCAGCAGCAGCACACAUGAAACACGCCCCCUUUCCCAGUCCAUACUGGAAAUUUACAAGAGGGGACCAGAGCAUGGUGGAGUGAAGAAGCCGGAAGCGAGCAGUGGGGAGCACGUGUCUGUCAGGGAGGGGGAGAUGGCAAAAGCUGGCGAACCCCUUUAAACUGCACUUAUCAGCAGGAUCAACUCUAUUAAAUCGGGUAUACUGCCUGGUAGGGUUGAUUCUGCUGAUUAAGAUACCUGUCUUGUGAAAAUUGUUUGCGGGGUUCCAGAGGGGGAAAAAAAGACUUUUUUAUUCUUUAUGCAAAUUAAGGCUUUAGUGCACCAAGGGGCGGGGCCUGGCUAUUCAGUGCACCUUAGCGUUCUAGGGUUCACCACGCCCCUCGAAUCGGCACGAUCAACCCUACCAGGUAGUAUGCCCAGUAUGAUAGGGUCGACCCUGCUAGCAGGUGCUUUUUAAGAUUAUAUGUUACAAAAAAUGAUGGUCGAAAUUGACUAAUCUCCUUCCAGUGAGUGAUUUUAUGCUGAUUGUGAUCAGUAACUUGAAAUUGCACCGCAAAUUCCGGUAAUCCAGAAAACGCAGCUCUUUCUGGAUUAUUGGGUGCGUUCAAUUUCCACUGAAAAGCAAGAGAACCCAUCCCGCUCAGAGGUCCAUAAAGCCAUUCUGCAGAGGUGGAUUUUGCACAUUGAGGUCUGGCAAGAGGAGGGUUAAAUUUUUAUUUUAAUUACAGUAAUAUAAAUUAAUGGAAAAUCUGUUUUUAUUUUUAUAUAUUUCUGUAUGGCAGCAGGAAAAUUGAGUUUAUGGUGUGGUAAGGUGGGUAGUGGAUUUUUGAAAAAUUUAAAAGGGAAGUACACAAAAAAGAAAUCGGAUGUCUUCUUCGGAGUUGAUAAAGGGGUUCUCCGCUUUUCCGA